UGCAACAGCAAUAAACCAACAACAAUAACCAAAACACAAACAGAAACGCACACGCUGCAGUAGAACAUUCGAUAUUAAUUUUUGAAUUAAAUGCAUAUUGAUGAUGCAAAUUAUAAAAGCAAUUGACAAAAACAACAGCAGCUGCAUGACAAGCCAUAGGAAAUAGAUAAGCCAAAGUGCAAAACAGAACCAAAAGACGCGACGAUUAGUCAGCAUCCGCCGUCCACAAGACGAAUGCGAACAGAAGAGACGGGGAGUACAUAAAAGUAAAAUUGCUGAGCGCCAUGUCGACGGAAGCAGAAUUCCUGGAGUCCUACGACAGCAUCAAGCAGUCGUACAAGACAGCCAUGACGCAGGUGGAAAAGGCCAUAGGUCACGAGGAAGCGGAGACGCAGGCGGCGGCAAUUGUCGCCUAUGAAGAGGCGCUGCAAAUGAUUGAGGCAACGUUUGCCAUCCCUGUAGGGCUGCCAGAUCAAAUCGAUGCAGUGCAGACGCAAUGGAACGACGCUUGCUCUCUCAUCCAGAAGCUGAAGAGCGCCAAAACGGAGAUCAACUAUCGAUUAAAGGUGUUGCGUGCCCAACAGUCACCAAUCGAUGUCAGCGCUGUGGAGGCAGAGGAGCAAACUGAUGGUCAGAUCAAAUCACGUCCGCUGCUGACAGAGAAUCCAUCCACAUUCUAUGACAUUGCCAACGCCAGUGGCAGACCCAAAACCUACCGGGAGCUGGCAGUCGGAUUGCGUGAAUUGUUGGCCAGCCGAGAGGCGCAGACGCAGCUGGAUGAGCUGUUCCAAGCGCAGGUAAAGCUCUACAGGAUUGAGGGCAGUGGACAGGUGACCACCGUGACGGGCAGCACCAAAAUGUCACUGAUUAUGUGCACCGUUGGCGGCAAAUGGAAAUAUUUAAGUGGCAUUUACUUUAUCCAAUGCGAUAUGCCGCAUAUGGAUAAGCAGACGGAUUCCGGCAUGAAUAUUUGGCUAUAUCCACUAAUACCGAAUGUAACUAACUGCUAUCGCACCGAGUACGGCGCCUUCAUUUUGCCGGAUAUGGAAUCAGCUCAGCCGGGCAAUGCAUUUGGCAUUAUGCUUGAGAAGCCACAGCGUCCGCUCAGCACGAGCGCCGGGGAGACGGAGGAGGAGCAAAUGGCUGAUCUACAGCAGUUCUUCCUCGAUCUCCUCGAAGCUGUACUGGCGGGCACUGUGGAGGAACUGCAAUCGCCGCGCACCCAACGUGCUGCGGCACCAACUGGUCCACCUGGUACCAGCUCCGAGCAGGUGUCCAAGCACAUUGUGUGCGCAGCGGAUUUCAUAGCGCGCAAUUUGAUUAAAGGCGCCGAGAAAACCGGUGGCCUAAUGAUGAAGACUACGCCGUAUUUAAUGUCGAAAAUGACGCCAGCUGCACCGGAUGCACAUGCUCAUGUCCCUGCCUCGGUGCAGACGGGCGUCCAAGUGGCACAAAAGGUGACGCACACGGCAGCCGGCGUGACCGGUUGGAUAGCCGGAAAGGUGGGCACUGCCGCCAUUGCUGUGGGCGGCUACCUGUCCCCGCACAUUCAGACACAAGGAUCACGAUUACUGCAGAAGGGUUUCGGCUACGAUUCCCAUGAAGCUCAUAACGCCAUGGAAGGAGCCAUGACAAUUGCCGCCGGCGCCGUCGAAGGAUUCUCAACGGUCUUUGAUGGCCUAGAAACAUCUGCCAAAAUACUGGGCAACAAUUUGAGUGAAAAUUCCGUGAAAAUCAUUGAGCACAAAUACGGUGCUUCAGCUGGAAAUUUGGCAUGCGGCACUUUUGAUACGGUGGGAAAUGCUUUUGUUAUUAGCCAAAAUGUCAACUAUAUUACACCAAAGGGACUGGCCAAGAAGUUGGUUAAGAAAACUGGCGAAGCUGUCAUUAUUGACUAUAAGCGGGACUUGCGUAAGCCGGAAUCUCAUUACAUAAACGCAGGCGCUUUAUAUCCGGAUCUGCGAGCCCUAAAGGAGGAAUAAAUGACCAAAUAUGAUAAUAGAUACAAAUUGUUAUACUCGUAAUCUCCAAAUAGUUCGUUGAUAAUUAUAUGUAAUCUCAUUUAGUUAAUUAAUUUAAUAAUAUAAUUGUUGUACUCGUAAUCUACAAAAAGUUCGUGGAUAUUAAUAUGUAAUCUCAUUUAGUCUGUUUAUUUUAUAAUUACUGCGCUUUGUUAUAGAUUAGUUUAAUAAAUUCAUAAGUAAUCGCAUAACGUUGUGUUAAUGAUUGAAUAAAUAUAAAG